AUGCGUCGCUUGGUACAGACGAAGCAAAGUCUCGGUCUAUUGACCGGCAGACUUACAGAAGAUGAUGACGUUUCUUUCGAUGGUGUUUCUUCCAAUCAACUGUCCACAUCGUUCGCCAAUGAUUAUGAUUUCAGUGAAAAUGAUGAAGACGAAAAAAGUAUGGGAGACUCACUUUAUUUCGAUGAAAGUAGAAGAGAAGAAGCGAAAAUGAAGCCAGCGAACCAACUGACGCAGCCUCCAUCAAGCGGUGCUUUGGAGGGACUCGUUUUCUCCACUCAAAAACCAAAUCAAGAGCAGAAAACAGCAAAAGUGGAUGGCGUACCUACCGAUAAGGAAGAACCGAAAAUGAAGACAGGGAAACUGCAGAAGCACCUUCGAUCAAACGGUACCAUUUUGAAGGAACUCGUCUUUCCAACUAUGCCAAAACAGGCGCAGAAGCAGAGAACAACAAAAGUUGAUGGCGCAUCUAUCGAUAAAGAAAAAGAGAAGAUGAAGAUGACUGAGAAACCAGUGCAGCCUCCACUAAGCAAUCAUUUGAAAGAACUCCUUUUUCCCAGUGGGUCAAAACAUGUACAAAAGCCAGAGGAGAAACAACUGAAACAGUCUCAAUCAAGCGACACUUUGAAGGGUUGGGGUCUGAAGGAGCCUCAUCUUUCUCAUACUCGACCAAAACAAGGACAGACACAGAAAACAGCAAUAUUUGAUGACGGACCCGUAGCUAAGGAAGGGAAAAUCAAGACUGAGAAACAACCGAAGCCGCUUCGAUCAAACAGUUCUCUAGAGGAACUCGAUUCUUCCAAUCUGCCAAAACAAGCACAUCAGAUAGAGAAGCAACUGAAGCAGUCUCGAUCAAGCGGUACUGUGGAGGAACCUCAUUCGUCCACUCUACCAAAGCAGGCUCAGGGGGCAGAGAAACAACUUAAACAGGUUUGGCGAAUUGGUCAUUUGGAGGAGCCAGUUUCUCCCACUCGAACAACACAGGGACUGCAGAAACAAGGGAAUCAGCCUCGAUCAAGCGGGGAUUUGAAGGACACUCAUUCCCCGACGACUCGACCGAGAUGUGCACCUAAGACAGAGAAAGAAGGGAAGCAGCCUCGGCAAAGCGGUGAUGUGAAGGAACCUCUUUCCCCGAGUCGACCAACGCAUGGACAGAAGAAGAAAACACUAAUAAUUGAUGACUGGCCAGAUAAAGAAGAAGAGAAAGAGAAGAAAGAGAAACAGCUGAAGCAGCCUCCAUUCAGCGGUGAUUUGAAGGGGCCUCUUUCUCAGACUCGACCAAAACAGGCACAGGAGACAGAUAAACAACCGAAGCAGGUUCUGUCUAAAAGUGAAUGGAAUGAGUCUUCGUACCCGACUCGACCGAAACAUUCACAGAAGAUUGAGAAAUAUCAGAAGAAGCCUCGAUCAAGCGGCGAUUUGCGGAAACCUCUCCCCCCCACCCAACCAAAACCAAUAGAGAAGGAAGGAGAGAAAAAGAAGACAGAGAAAAAAAUGAAGCAGUCUCGAUCAAGCAUUACUUUCGAAGAACUGUACUCUCUAUCAGACAAGGAACUGAAGAAAAAGACAGCGAAAAUGUCCUCUAAAUCUCAAGUGAACAAGUCACUCAGCUCUUCCGACCAUGUGAGCAAGAAAUCAAGUAACAAGGCUGCCUCUACUCACGCACUGUUCGGUGGCUGUCGAGACCUCAAAUCAUUAGAAGGAAGUGAUCAUCGAAAUCAAAAUUGGAAUAUUUCUAGCAAUGGCGAAGACUUGAAACUUGUUUCUGGUGGCAAAGAGGAAUCGUUACGCCACGAUGCUUUGGUAGAGAAGGCUUUGAAACGAAGCUUGGCCAAGAAGAGGGCUUUGGAAGCUUUGUCUCUUUCCCAUCACAGGAUAGGAAGAGAAGAAGUUGCAGUCAAAGGCCAGCGAAGUCUUUCUGGCAAGAGGUAUAUUGACGCUCUGUCCCUUGCUAGUCACACCAAAGACAGAACAGAAUUAAUGGCAAGAAAUCGGAGAACCACGACCAAAAAGAGCUCUUUAGACGGGUCUUCGACAUCCGACCAUAGACGCAAACGGUCCUCUUCAGUCAAGAGACCAUCCAAAAGCACUCAAUGUGACGAAAAGAGUCACAGAGCGGCUUCUGGUUUGGGCCAUUCGGGCCAUUCAGAGAGAUCCUCUUCAGUGACUAGAAAAAAGAAAGAUUUGAACCGCUCCAGUCACUCCACUACCGCUAAACGAUCAUCGUCUGCCAUGAAAAAGAAGAAGAUCCAAGGGGACCGAUCCAAUCAUGUGUCGGAAUACGGGCAAAGAAGUUUUUCCAAGUGUAGAUUGCCUGAAGCGCACAGGUCUUUAUCUCCAGGAUCCGCGAAACAACAUGGAGGACAGGUACCGCUGAAGAUGCCACUCAAUGCUGGAGAUGAGAUGAUAAGUCGAAAGCUGAGCAAUAUGAGUUUGCAUUAUUCCGAGCACGGGAGUUCCGAGAGGUCCCCAAGAGUUGGGAAAGAUGGUGACAAAGAUAACAAUGUGAAACGAAAGAUGCAUCGACGAAAUUCAAGUUCUGCAUGCCUGUGA